AUGUCAAAUACAAACAGCUUGGAUUACUUAAUCGUAUAUGGUGACUCCUAUUCUGAUAUUCAUCAAGGAACAAAAAGAACAAAUGGCCCAGUUUGGAGCCAACGUCUCGCAACUCAAUGGAAUACUCAGUUAGUUUCAUUUGCCAAGUCAGGGGCAACUUUCUGUGAAAAUAAUAAAGUGAACGGAAGUUGGUUAAAGAAGCAAGCCUUGGAGGAUACGAUUACUUCAAAUGGAACUACAUCAAAAUCAACUGUACAUGCCAUAUUUCUUGGUGUUACAGAUUUAAUUGAAACAAAAGGGGAAGUGAAGAAUAUAAGUGAAUGGUUACAAUGUAUUAAAGAUCAAGUGUUAUUUAUAAACUCGAAUAAUCCUAAUUCUCGUAUUAUUAUUAUGGGCGUACCUGCUUUAGAAUUUUCACCUUAUGCAACAGCUCAUAAAACGUCAACUGCACAAUUAAAACAAAAUAUUAUAGACUUUAAUGUAGCACUUGAAGAAGAGGUACUCGAGUGGGGUAAUGAGUUAUCGGCAGAAAUUGAAUUCUUUGAUACCUAUCUUGUCUUUAGUGAUGUUCUCGGUGAUCCUUCUGUAGCUAAUAUCGAAAAUGUAGAUGAUGCUUAUUGGGAAACAUGUCAAGGUCAAUGCAAAGAUAAAGUAGAUGAUUAUCUUUGGUGGGAUAACAUUCAUGUUACAGGCUCUGGUCAAAAGGCUAUUGCAAAUACAAUUCUCUCAAAGGAAUUCUUCAAUAUGAAGGGAUUAGGAGUGGAUCCAUCAUUAGAGAUGGAGAGUAGUAGUAGUGAUAAUACGUCUUUCAGAAGUAGUUACACUAGUUUACCAUCAGAUUAUACAAAUUGUUUAUCAUGGCUUGCUUUAUUGGCUUUAUUAGGAAUCAUUCUCUAUCUGUUUAGACAUAAUAGAGCUGUUGUUUCUUUAAAGAAAAAGCUUCAAACUAAAGCAUCUAAAGUUAACCCAUUUACAUCUCGUAAUCAUUCUGAAUAUACAAUUGUUUAA